AGUGUUUAGACGCUAGCAACUCCAGAAGUAAACUUGGUUCAAAGUGUUUAUGUAUUAGUCUACCAGUAUAUUGGUUAAAAAAGGGUACUGGGCACAGCUUUUGCAGUUUAAUAUCCGUAGUUUAUUACCCUUCGUUUAAUACCGUUGCUUUGAAAUCGUGAGUGUGAUGUCGCUAGAGUAAUAUCGUAAGUUGCAGACAUUAGUUGAGUAUCUUGGAGGUGGUUGAUCCACUAUUCGUCCUAACGUGACUCCUACAGGUCACUGGUCACAGAUGCCUAUGACUGAUGAUUAUUAAAUUUGCACAAUGAGUAUAAAGACCGUAUCGCUGAGGACGAUCCUGUUCCUGGGGCUCUGUCAGGCCGGCCGGAGGACCCUAGCAUCCGACCCUGGACUGCGAGAACAACCCAAAAGAAUAGCUGUGGUGGGGGCCGGCAUUGGGGGUACUGCAACAGCCUACUUCCUGAGGCAGGAGUUCGGCGCGGGGGUGAAGAUCGAUGUGUUUGAGCCUGAGAACGUGGGUGGACGGCUAGCCACGGUGAAGAUGGGGGACCAGGAAUAUGAGACCGGUGGUUCCGUGAUCCAUCCCUUAAACCUUCACAUGAAGCACUUUAUAGACAACCUCGGUAUAAGUCAAAGGGAAAAUGUUCCAUCCAAAAUGGCCAUCUUCGACGGGAAGGAGCUGACCUUCGAAGAGAGCGACUGGUUUAUUGUCAACAUGUUGCGUAUGCUGUGGCGCUACGGCUUUAACUUCCUGCGCAUGCAGAUGUGGGUGGAAGGUGUCCUCGAUAAGUUCAUGAGGAUCUACCAGUACCAGCAGUUUGGCUACUCCUUCUCCACGGUGGAGCAGCUUCUGCACGCCAUGGGGGGCGACAGCUUCCUCACACUAGCCAAUCAGACGCUGGAGGAGGCCAUGCUAGGCGAGGGCUUCUCCCAGGUCUUCCUGAACAACAUCGUGGCGCCCAUCACACGGGUCAACUAUGGUCAGAGUGUCCGUGUCAACGGCUUUGUCGGUGCUGUGUCGCUGGCUGGGGCAGACUCUGGUCUGUGGGCUGUGGACGGGGGCAAUAAGAUGGUGUGUUCAGGGCUGCUGUACCACAGCAGGGCUGAGCUCAUUCCUGCACGCGUCACCUCCAUUUCGGUCAAAGUUAGACCAUCCAAGGCGGGUACCACAACCAGCUUCUACGAGGUGAACUAUGUCGGGGUCUCCGGCCCCGCCCACUCCCUGUACGACAUCGUCAUCGUGGCCACGCCCCUCCACACGGGCAAGUCGGACAUCAGCUUCCCGGGCUUCUCCCCGCCCAUCCCGUCGCACUACCCGGGCCGCUUCCACCAGACGGUGUCCACCCUGGUGCACGGCCUGCUCAACGUCUCCUACCUGGGCACCCGCCAGAAGCCGUCCGACUUCACCGUGUCCGACGUGCUGACCACGGACGCCGAGGGCUGCUUCCUGAACAGCCUGAGUUCCGUGGACCCCGUCACCAUCCCCCCGGGGUACCACCGGCCCCCCGCCAGCACGCCCUCCGUCUGGAAGAUCUUCUCCCCGCGGCCGCUCACCGAGGUGCAGCUGGACGCCGUUUUCCUGUCCCGGGACCCCGGGGCGUCGGAAACCCGCUGGCUGGCGUACCCGGCGUACCGGCCGCCGCACCGCCGGACCCCGCCCUUCGUGCUCCACGACCGGCUGUACUACCUGAACGCCGUGGAGUGGGCGGCCAGCGCCAUGGAGAUGAGCGCCAUCGCCGCGCGCAACGCGGCCCUGCUGGCGCACCACCGCUGGCACGCGCUGACCGGCAAGAUCGACCAGGAGGACCUGCAUGUGCGCCUCCGGGGGGAGCUGUGA